CUCUCUCUCUCCCCCUCCUAUUAUUAUUUUUUUGAUCAUCCAGGCUGCCCUUUAAAUUGGCUUGAUUUUGUGAGUUGUUGUACACUUCUUCCUGGUUGUUGAGGAACAAAAGCUAGCUGAGCAAGCAAUCUUUCCCUGUCUUUUGUCUCCUUUGUUUUGCUCUCUCUCUCUCUCUCUGGGUUUCUUUUCACUGUUUUCCUAGUUUUCUUGUCCGAUAAAAGUUAGCAGUCAUGGCUGAGAUCUCCGGGGGUAAUGGAAAUCAUGGAGUGGUUCUGAAUGUGAAUGGUGAAGCCAAUCAUAAUCCGCCACCGUCAGAGUCCAAAAGCAAAGACUCUGACAUCCGUUUCUCUGUACCUUUCAUGCAAAAGCUGAUGGCUGAGGUGGUGGGCACAUAUUUCCUGAUAUUUGCAGGAUGUGCAUCAGUGGUGGUGAAUGUGAACAAUGACAAAGUGGUUUCCCUUCCAGGAAUUUCCAUAGUGUGGGGAUUGGCUGUGAUGGUCUUGGUUUACUCUGUGGGUCACAUCUCCGGUGCCCAUUUUAAUCCUGCAGUCACCAUUGCUUUUGCUACCUGCAAAAGAUUUCCUCUCAAACAGGUGCCAGCUUACAUAUCGGCUCAAGUUCUUGGGUCAACUAUGGCAGCCGGUACACUUCGUCUACUGUUUAGCGGACCACACGACGUCUUUGCUGGAACGUCACCACAAGGGUCUGACUUGCAGGCUUUUGUGGUCGAGUUCAUCAUCACUUUCUACCUCAUGUUCGUCAUAUCCGGUGUUGCCACUGAUAACAGGGCUAUUGGAGAACUAGCAGGACUUGCCGUUGGCGCUACCGUGCUGCUUAAUGUGAUGUUUGCGGGCCCAAUUACAGGAGCAUCAAUGAACCCAGCAAGGAGCUUGGGACCUGCAAUCGUAUCCAAUCAUUACAAGGGAAUAUGGAUAUACCUUACUUCACCAGUUCUUGGGGCAGUGUCAGGUGCUUGGGUUUAUAACAUGGUGAGGUAUACAGACAAGCCAUUGCGGGAGAUCACCAAGAGUGCUUCUUUCCUCAAGAGUUCGCGUAAUUGCGGUUAAACUUAGUAGGAGUAGAAACGCAGGAGGUCUCCUUUUGCUUUGAUUUAUGUAAAUCAUAAUACAGAAGGGGUUACCAUAUAGAUGUAGUAUAGAAGUGGGUCAUUAAGCUUACUACAGAAAAUCCAAAGAUGGCAACUUAAUAGGUGGCAUGUAAUGGUCAUAAAGUAAAAGGAUGCUUGGUUCAUUUCUGCAGAGUUUUUGUUACUGAUCCUUUGUUUUUCCCUACUAUUCCAAGUUUUGAAUACAGAUGGUUUGAAUUCCCAGUGCAUCAUCAAAAUUAUGUGAACCAGAAAAGUUAGAAGUCAAAAUAACUUUCUCAUCAUGUGAAGAAAGACACCUUAAAAGCUUUUCGUCCUUGGGAAGACUGGAUAAGAAUAAGAUUAAUAAAACCAUGUUAUCCACCAAAGAAUUAGUUGAGAUCAUAUGCAUUUAUAGAAUGCGCCACCUUGAAAUGCUUUUUCAGAUUCGGGAGUUUUCCUGUUCAACAAGCACAUGAUUCCUGCCUGGCAUGAGAUUUUGCAAUUCGAGUAGUAAUAUCUAUUGGUUACUCAUAUAAUAGUUCA